CUCGCCGACGUCUACGAGCGGUACGGCUCGUCGGCGCAAGCCGCCCAGUCGCUCAUGCGCGGUAUCCUCGGCUCGGUUUUCCCCUUCUUUGGCAACACGUGCGUCCCGCUCUCCCAUCCUCCCUCGAGUGCACGAGCCGACAGCGCCUCUCACGACCGACGCAGCAUGUACCUUCGCCUUGGCUUUCCCUGGGCGAGCACACUCGUUGGCUUCAUCGCGCUCGCCUUUACGGCGGUCCCUCUCCUCUUCAUCCGCUGUGCGUCAUCCUCUCUCUCCUUCCGUUCCUCGACCGCCCGGCCCGACUGA